AUGACGGUCAUUGAAAUUGAAGUGGUCUUUGACUUCGUUUGCGCAUGGUGCUACAUCGGCAAGCGUAAGCUAGACAGAGCCAUCGCUCUAUACCAGAAGGUCUAUCCAGGUGGAAGAAAUGACGUCUUCUCUAUCAAGUGGCGGCCGUACUACCUCAACUACAACCCGCACGCAUACAGCGUACCCAAGAGCGAAUUAAUUGAUGACCGGCUGAGCGACAUGACUCUGGAACAGCGAACGUCCCUAUUCAGCCGCAUGAAUCAGAUUGGACGGUCCGUCGGUAUUGAUUUCAAAGCCGGGGGUAUGAUUGGGAAUACUCGCGACGCGCACCGCCUUGUCCAUCUUUGUGGAACUCAGUCUCCCGAAGUCCAGAGUGCGCUGGUGGAGAAGAUCCUUGAAGCCUAUCAUGAACUGGAGAAGGAUAUCUCAUCUCAGGAGGUGUUGACUGAGCUGGCUGUGGAUACUGGGCUCGAUGCGAAGCAGGUGCAUGAGUGGCUGGAUUCUGACUUGGCGGCAGAGGUUGUGGACAACCAAGCCUGCAAAAAUAAAGAGGAAGAGGGCAAUACGGGUGUCCCUCGCUACAUAAUUCAGAAUGUGUAUCAGUUGGCUGGUGCUGCAGAUCCAUCCGAGUUUAUCGAGAUUUUUACGAAGGUUAAGGAAGACGAAUCUCAACGCUGA